GAGAGAAAUUCCACAGACACCCCACUCGGCUUAGGGAGUAGCAGGGAGAGCUCAUUUGGCAUCUCUGGCUGUUGAGACUCGGCUGCAAGCAGGUAUAAACUGGACUGAAGGCUUGGCCCUUUGGUCAAAACUCUUGCAAGACUAGAGAGGGAAAAGGGACGGGGACACUCCGGGGCUGCAACGCUGCAGACUUUGCAGCUGGGGAGGAGCGUGUCACCUCCAGCUCAGCUGCGCUUCCAGCCUGCGCGCCUCAUUGCCUGCGCCUGGCGCCCCCCGCGCUGUCCUUUGCACAGUCCCAGCGCUCUGCCAACCGCUUCUUCAACCACAGACUUGAGUCUUUGGCCAGCACUUGCCGCCUUUCUUCUCCGAGCACCCAGGCAACCAUGGAUGGCAACUCCCUGCUCGCAGUCCCAAGCCAUGUGGGUAGUUGACUCAAAUUCAUCUACCUGCCUCUCUGCUGCCUUGCCUGCCAGGAGACACUCCCAGGAAUUCAGCACCUUGGAGUCACCACUGAUGCAGGAGGCGUUGGCAGCACAGUCAGUGAGCACUACUAACAGCCCUGCAGGCAGCUUGGGGAACUCCAUCACAGCCUGUAAAAAGGUUCUACGCAGCAAUAGUCUCCUGGAAUCUACAGAUUACUGGCUGCAGAAUCAGAGAACACCCUGUCAGAUUGGUUUUGUAGAAGAUAAGUCUGAAAACUGCGCAUCUGUCUGCUUUGUGAACCUGGAUGUGGACAAGGAUGCUUGCAGCACAGAGCACCUACAGCAGAAAUUGGUCAAUGUUUCACCAGAACUUCCAAAACUUAUCAACUCCAUGAAUGUUCAACAACCAAAAGAAAAUGAAAUCGUUCUCCUAAGUGGGUUGGCGUCUGGAAAUCUUCAGGCUGAUUUUGAAGUUUCACAGUGUCCUUGGCUGCCUGAUAUCUGUUUGGUUCAAUGUGCAAGAGGGAACAGAGCAAACAGUACCAAUUGCAUCAUCUUUGAAAUCAAUAAAUUUUUGAUUGGUUUGGAAUUGGUGCAAGAGCGACAGCUCCACCUGGAAACCAAGGUCUUGAAAGUAGAGGAUGACACAAACUGUUCCUUGUCUUCAAUAGAGGAAGAUUUUCUCACUGCAUCUGAGCACUUGGAGGAGGAAAGCGAAGUGGAAGAAUAUAGGAGUGGUUAUGAAAACAUAAAUGUCUCUGUCAAUGUUACAGAUAGUAAAAAGCAAAAAGAAGCUCCCCAGGAGGAAUGGGAUUAUAACAAGGAAAAGUCGCCUUAUACUUUGGAAGAAAAAUACAUUAGAAAAUAUCACAAACCCAUGAGUAUAAAAGAAGGAUCUUUGGAUAACAGAGCAGAAGACAGGAGCCAGCAAAGUUUGGAUCUUUCGGCCAGGUCAACAGAGUGGAAAGAGGAACAUGCAGUAAAUGAGAGACUGGUCACAAAUUCUUAUGUUUCUGAGAAGCUGAUAGGUCCAGUGAAAAAAUCAAAGACAUCAUCUACUCCAGGUGAUGCUUACGUCUCCAGGAUGGUUAAGAAAGAUGGACCUUCUGCAUGUGGGUCUGUACCUGAGGGGGGAAACAGUUCAGAUGCUAGAGCAUGUGAAGAGGAAAGAACUGCUCUUUUUCUUGAACAAGAUGGAGAAGCCACUACUGGCGAGUAUGCUACAAAUUUAGCAGAAUCUGUGCUACAAGAUGCAUUUAUUAGAUUAUCUCAGUCUCACCCUACAGGAAUCCAGGAAUCUGCAGGAAAUGCCCGCUUAUCCAAUAAUUAUUCUACAAAAGAUAUCAUGGUUCCUCGGUCAUGGAAUGAACUUCCGAAAAUUGUCAUUGUUCAGAGUCCAGAUGGUGGUGAUGCUGUCCCUGAGCCAGGAAGCUCUUCGUGGUCUGAGCUGGAAGUAUCUAUGGAGAAUAACAGUGUCCUUGCUGGAGACAAUGCCAGCACACGUCCCCAGAGUGCUCUUGAAGUAGCAUUAGCUUGUGCUGCCACUGUGAUUGGAACAAUUUCCAGCCCACAGGCCACAGAAAGACUCAAAAUGGAACAAGAAUCCCUGGUUACAAAUGAUCCACCCGGAGACAAUGAACUGCUACCAACUCAAACCUCACAAGUACUCCAGGAACUUUCCAUCAGUGAAUACUCAUUUCCAUCUGCUUUGUGCGGUAUGACCCAGGUGGCAAGUGCUGUUGCUGUCUGUGGCCUGGGAGAAACAGAAGUUUCUCCUAUGGCUUCCAAUGAGCUCUUUGCUACUGAACCUCCAGGAGCAGUCACCCCACUUUGCAGUCUGGCUACAGAGAACAGCACAGAGCUGGGGAAUAAAGAAGCCAUUGCAGAGGCCUUAUUUAAGGAGACCACUCAAAUUUUAACAAAACCUCAUGCCUACAGCAACAUGGGGGACCUCAUGGAGUCAAUGACAAAGAGAAUCACAGAAUCUGCUUCAAAGCCUCACACCCUCUGCUCAGAAAAUGACAACUUUGGCAAUGAACUGGCACAGACCCUAUCCAAUGCUAUCCUGAAGCAUUCUAUUGAUGAAGUUUACCAGAAAAUAAAGGUAACUGAUGCCAAUGAUUCAUCUGAAGCUCUAAGCACCCUCCUGGAGACUACAAAUAAACUGCUUUUCAAUGUCAUAUGUGUCACCUUCAAGAAGAUGAGCAAUAUAAUGCAGAGUGGUACCUGUCCCAUUUCCCUUUGCAAAGAGUCCAUCAGUUGGAGGAAAAUAGAAAUGGGUUGCCAGUCUGUUCCUAAAAGUGCUAGUCAGGUUCAGGUCAAUAAUACUGAAUACUCUAGUGUCCAUCCAUUUAGCGAUUUGCAGAGUUCUGACCCUGUUACCAAUGAUCCUGAUGAUGAGGUAUAUCUCAAACAAGAUACUAAGGGUCAAUUGAAGUCAGGCCUCUUUAAGAGCCCCAAAUUGCAGUCAGAGUUUUCAUAUAGUAAUAGAGUGCCCGAUAGUUUGACUGCUAAGCUGUCCCACAAGGAACCAUAUCAGAAAAGCAUGGGGAGAAAGGAUCCAAGAAACCAUCCUCUGAUGCCUGGUUGUAAUGGUCAUGAAAUUGGGGCAUCAUCAGAUGGAGAAGACCAAACUAAACUUACGGUCAAAGGCAGCCAUACUUCCCACUGUGUCAGCCCAGUAGCUCAAGAAAAGCAUAAUUGUGGUUCAACACUAAACCAUGAAGUUCAAGUCAAUCUAUCUUUGUUAGGGAGUGAAUUGGUGCUUCCUACUCAAGCCAUGCUACCCACAAAACAUACAGAUCUCUACUACAUCACAGACUUUGCAGAAGAGUUAGCGGAAACCAUCGUAUCCAUGGCAACCGAAAUUGCAGCCAUCUGCCUUGACAACUCAAAUGGAAAGCAACCCUGGUUUUGUGCUUGGAGAAGAAGGAAUGAGCUUCUGGUUGCCCCCAGUGCCUCCUGCCGAUCACUGAAGAGAAAGAAGGAUAGUCAGUCAGGCAGUGGGGCCACAGUAAGAAAACACAAGCCCCCAAGACUCAGUGAGAUCAAGAGGAAAACGGAUGAGCAUCCAGAACUCAAAGAGAAGCUCAUGAACAGAGUUGAGUCCAUGAACCUCGAGGAUGUACCGGAUUCUGUCAAUGUUUUUGCCAAUGAAGUGGCAGCCAAGAUCAUGAAUCUCACUGAGUUCUCCAUGGUGGAUGGGGUCUGGCAAGCCCAAAGUUACCCUCGCAAUCGCUUACUCAGUGGAGACCGGUGGAACCGUCUGAAGGCCUCCAGUUGUGAAAGCAUUCCAGAGGAGGAGUCUCAAGCCAAGGGAUCUCUCAACAGCCCAGGGUACAUGAGCACCCUCAGCCAGCCAGUAAGCAGAGCCAGCUCUGUGUCCAAGCAAUCAAGCUGUGAGAGCAUCUCUGAAGAGUUUUCCAGGUUCAUGGUGAACCAAAUGGAAAGUGAAGGAAGAGGCUUUGAGUUACUACUGGACUACUAUGCAGGCAAGAAUGCAAGCAGCAUUCUGAACUCAGCCAUACAACAGGCCUGCCGCCAUUCAAGCGACCACCUGAAUGUGCGGUCCAACUGCCCCUCAAAGCAGUCGAGCACCGAGAGCAUCACCGAGGAGUUUUAUCGGUACAUGCUACGAGACAUGGAGCGAGAAUACAAGGACAGUGCCUCUUCCAGGCGAAGCAGUCACGACUGGACAGCCAGCCUACUGUCUUCCUCUCUGAGAUUACCGCAGUGCUACAGACAGUCAUCCAUGCCGGACAGCAGAUCCCUGGACCCCAGGCUGGCCGUGAAUGCGCCCAUCAAGGCCAACUCCUUGGAUGGCUUUGCUCAAAACAGCUCACAGGAUUUGCUCUGUGUGCAGCCUGUCAGUGGCUCUUCCUCCGACUCUUGCUUAUACCGGCGAGGUGGGACCGACCAGAUCACCACCAUGCUUAUUCAUGAGACAUGGGCCAAUUCCAUUGAAGCACUCAUGCGCAAGAACAAGAUUAUCAUGGAUGAAGCAGAGGGAGAAGGUGCUGAACCAAACUCUCCUCUACAGGGGGAGUUGGGUACUCCGGGACACUCUUUGAAGAGAGGCCGGAGAGGGUCAAAUCUUGUAGCACAGGAGUCUAUGAAUCUCCUGAGGAAAGACUCUGUUGCAGAAAGCAAGCAUCCUCCCUUGUCUUCUCUAAGCAAAGCUGCAGUUCCUGCAGACCACAAGACUUCAGAAGCAAGAAAGGAACCUUCUUCCUGUUGUGAGGCUGUCCCCCUGAGUCACUCUAGGAGAUCACUUUGUCCGAGGGAAGUGCCCCUAAUUCAGAUUGAAACCCAUCAAAGAGGAGAAGGUACUGGAGAAUCCGAAGGCUUUAUCUCCAAGGGCAGUCUUGAAGAUCAAAAGGAACAUUUCCAUAAACGACUAGGCGCUGCCACCUGCCCAACCACCAGUGACAGCUUGGAGACCAGAGAUGUCACAGAGGCUGAAGUAUCAACAGAAGGCAGAGGCCCAGAUGAGUUCCCCAAUACUCUAGGCAGCAGUGGAGAGAGCACUGACAGCUGGUCCCAGCUUGCCAAUGAAGAGGAUAACCCAGAUGACACAAGCAGUUUUUUGCAGCUCAGUGAGAGAUCCAUGAGCAAUGGCAACAGUAGUGCCACUAGCAGUCUUGGCAUUAUGGACCUGGACAUUUAUCAGGAUAACAUGCCAUCUUCUCCCAUGAUUAAUGAAUUAGUAGAAGAAAAGGAGAGUCUUAAAGGACAGUCAGAGCACAUAGAGGAACAUGUCCCUGGACUCCCAGUGGGAGCAGCCAGCUGCCAGGGCAGCCUACUGGUCAUCAACUUUGACCUGGAGCCAGAGUGUCCUGAUGCUGAGCUUCGAGCUACUCUGCAAUGGAUAGCUGCCUCUGAACUUGGGAUUCCCACCAUCUACUUUAAGAAAUCUCAGGAAAACAGAAUCGAAAAGUUUCUAGAUGUUGUGCGGCUGGUUCAUCGGAAGUCCUGGAAAGUGGGGGAUAUCUUUCAUGCAGUUGUCCAGUACUGCAAAAUUCAUGAAGAGCAGAAGGAAAGAAUUCCAAGUCUCUUUGACUGGCUCUUAGAACUGGGAUAAGACAGCUUUGCUUUGUAGAGUAUUCUUUUCCUUUAGCUUAUAGUGGUUUGCUAGAAACUUUCUCAAAACAUCACAUCACAUUAACAGAGCUAUAAAACACAUAUGAUGCUCAAGUCUCUCACACAUGAAAAAUUCUGAAGAAACAUAAAAGAUGGAUCAGUGCAGAACUGUAGAAAUAGUAGAAGAGUUAAAAAAGAGCUGAAAUAGAUUGGUUGGUUGGCAAAAUAGAAACUUUAAUGGGAUUCAAACUCAGCAUAUAAUUAGACCUAAGUUCCGUGAAGCUGCAUUUACAUAGUAUUACAUUUUAAUUAUACAAAAUAAUGUGUAACAGCCUCAAUUUUGUAAAUCAAUCAAAAACAAAACUACUGAUACAAUUAAUUUUAUAAAUUAUACUGUAAUUUUAUUCUUCUGAAUAGUCAAGGGGCCAUUAGUCCAGGAAAAUAUGUAUUAAGAAGUUUCCAGAAAACAAAUAUGAGUUUUAUAUUUGCAGUUCAUAAUCAGAAGA